AUGUGUAAACGUAGGGAACAGGAAGACUUCUAUCGCCAACUAAUAGCAGGUGUCAACAAGGAUGAGACAAUGCAACAGUGCACACCUACUGCUCCACGUCGAUGCAGUGCCAGUUUUGUGACGGGAACACAUCAAACAGACGAAAAACUACACAUGCGACUUCAACGAGAGCCCGUGAAGUACAUUAGCAUGUAA